AAAAAAAAAAAAAAAAAAAAAAAAAAUAUAUAUAUAUAUAUAGCCUACACUGAUUUCUUUUCAUGAAGCAUUUUUAUGUUCGGACUAUACGCCUUUGCUUUACCUAUACAGUGAGGAAGCCAUUUCAUGGCUGAAGUAAAAGCGGAACAUGAAUCAGCCCAUCGUCUAUGCAUUACACGCGCAGGGGAGGGAAGACCCUCUCUGUCGGACGCCCUCGCAGAAUGGUGAAUCACACGCGCUGGAUUCCGCCCCUCCCUCAAAAUGAUGUUACUACUACAAGAAAGACUCGUGAUUCUCCGAGGCAAGCCCUCCCUCGGGCUGACGUCAGCCACUCGCAUAAAUAAGGGAUCCGUCUCAUCACCGAUCAUAAGCGAAACCCUCAGCGGAAGAAUAACGGCGUUAAACGGAAUAACUGGAAUUUUGACAUUAAACGGAAGACGUUGUAGACGCAAUCACAUACAGGUUUGGAGUCAUGACCUUAAACAAAGGAGACAAGUUGAGGAACAUGGACAAGAGGAGAGGUAGCAUGCCGUUUCCCCUUCACCUGCAGAACUUGCACAGAAGGAGCAUGCCGGUGGACGACCGAGAGCUGCGCUCGACGACCGAGGCUCAGCCAACCGAGCUGUCCAGCCUCAUGCGCUUCAGUCCGGCAGAGGAGCACAGGAACAGCUGCAUGUCCGACUCCUCCGACUCGGUCAUCUCGUCCGGCAGCGACUCAGACGCCCAGGUCUACAAGGUGGUCCUCCUGGGCGAGCACGGCGUUGGGAAGUCGAGUUUGGCGAGAAUAUUUGGAGGAGUUGAAGACAGUAACGACUGCGAGGAAACAGGAAACACAUAUGACAGAUCCCUCCUGGUCGAUGAUGAGGAGACGUCAAUCCUUCUCUAUGACAUAUGGGAGCAGGACAACAGCCAGUGGCUGAAAGAUCAGUGCAUGCGUAUGGGAGACGCCUAUAUCAUCGUGUACUCUGUGACAGACAAGUCCAGCUUUGAGAAAGCUUCAGAGCUACGAAUCCAGCUGCGCAGAGCUCGGCAGUCGGAAAACAUCCCCAUCAUCCUGGUGGGAAACAAGAGUGACUUGGUGCGGUCCCGAGAAGUUUCUGUGGAUGAGGGCAGUGCCUGUGCCGUUGUGUUUGACUGCAAGUUCAUUGAGACUUCAGCCUCGCUACAUCACAAUGUGCGCGACCUCUUCGAGGGCAUCGUCCGGCAAAUUCGCCUGCGCAAGGACAGCAAGGAAGAAAACGCCCGCCGGAUGGCCAACUGCAAGCGCCGCGAGAGCAUCAGCAAAAAGGCCAAACGUUUCCUGGGCCGUAUGGUGGCCCGGAAGAACAAGAAGAUGGCCUUCAGACAGAAGUCCAAAUCCUGUCACGACCUGUCAGUGCUAUGAAAAACUGGACUAAUUUGCCCUCUGAUACCCACGACCAGAAGCUGUGUGUUUUUCAUGCUAAUAUGAGGACUGUCUAGCUGUACAGACAAAAAUGAACUUGUUUUGUAAACUGAGAAGAGAUUCUAUUUGAAACAAAACUGACAAAAUCAUGUUGAUUAUGUUGACUGGCAUGAGGCUUUUUAUUGUUAUGUUACAUUAUUCUGUGUUUUGCUGCCUUAAUAUGUAGAGUUGUCAAAUUCUGCGCAUGUAAAUAGGAGGUAAAUGCACAGAUCACAAUGUUCCCUUUGGAGAGCUAUGGGGUGUGUUUGCACAAAGGCAAAAGAAAUAGGUUAUUUUCCUUAUGUGGACUAUAGCUGUAUCAGACGUCUAAGGGAUGAGCACAAGUCAUUUUUUUGUUGCUAUUACAUAUGGAAUCAAAUGUUAGUACUUGAAACUGAGUGCGCAGGUUCGUAACUCAGCCAAGACACUGAACUAUAGGUUUGGGUUUUUGGGGGGGCCGGGUGGGGUAGGGCAAGAGGCAAUAUAAAUAGGAUGUUUCAGUA